AUGCAGGAGCUGAACCUGCGAAUAUCGCAAAUGCACAUAAUGCGAUUCAAAUUGAAAAAUUUGAUCCGGCGACCCAAACAUGAAAACGUUGGUUACAACGACUCGAAGGUUCCUUCAAGAGUACUGUGUGAUCGGCUUGAUCCAGAUGAUCCGUAUGCCAAAUCUUUCGAGGAAUUGUGUAAUAAGCUGGGAGAAUAUUAUGCGCCAGAGCCACUGGAAAUUGCGGAAAUCUAUACAUUUCGCAAAAGAAUGCAAAAAGAAGGAGAAGCCGCGCAGGAAUACAUAGCGGCACUUCAAAAAUUGUCGUUAUAUUGCAAAUUCGACAAUUAUUUAAACACGGAAUUACGAAAUCAAUUCGUCUUUGGAAUCAAAAACCCACGGAUCCAAGCCAGACUUUUGGAAACGAUCGAUCUAACAAAGGAGCGAGCUCUCAAAAUCGCCUGCGCAAUGGAGAUGGCUGAUCAAGGGGUAAACAAGCUGAAGGACGAAUCGGCAGUGGCAGUCGACUUCGUCGGAGCUGGAAGUAAAAACAAGAAGAAGUCAAAAGAAAAGGAUCGCAGGAAGCAGCCGUUCGGGAAAGCGGAGUCAAAGAAGACAGCACAUAAUGCAGAAAUUGUGUGGUGGAAACCAUUUAGCGCCUUCCUGCUCUCUUCCUCGGAAUACGAAAUGUUUGGAAUGCGGCGGUUACGGCCACUUGAAAAAAGUAUGCAAGAAGAAAGGCCAAACAGACUGUGUAGAUAUCGCCACAAUAGACAAAGAGCACGAACAUUUAAAGUAAAAGAUGUAGAUACUUGGAAGUAUUUGAAUAUGUAUGUAAUCGAAUAUAAUAGACAGCCACUUUUGGGUCGGGAAUGGAUAAAUCAAUUAACAUCAUUUAAUAAAUUUAAAGAGAGCCUAGAAGAGGUGCAAUCAUUACAUUUAGUAGAACAAUCGUGUAAUGAUCGUUUGAAAAAUCUGCUAGAAAAAUAUGCUAAUGUAACGAGUGAGAAUUUUGAACCAAUUAAAAAAAUCAAAGCUCAAUUAAACUUAAAACCAAACUCACAACCUGUGUUUUUGCGUAGUAGACAAGUGCCUUUCCAAAUUAAAAAUAAAGUAGAAAAUGAAUUAAAUAGAAUGGUAGAAGCGGGAAUUUUGAAACCAGUAGAAGCAUCCACCUGGGCAACCCCGAUUGUCCCAGUUUUAAAGAAAGACGGCGGGGUGAGAAUAUGUGGCGAUUUCAGCGUCACGGUAAAUUCAUGUUUAAUCGUUGAUGAGCAUACAUUACCCACUCAUGAGGAACUUUUUGCUAAAAUGGCUGGCUAUAUUACUGUUUUUCUGGACGAUAUUAAGAUCGCAAGUGUAAACGUCGAAAAACAUUUUGAGAUUUUAGAAUUAGUCUUGAGUCGUUUAUCAGAAUAUAACAUAAGAAUAAAUUUAGAAAAAUGUACAUUUUUGAAAAAUCAAAUUUCGUACUGCGGGCACAUCAUCGGAAAAGAUGGUAUAAAAAAGGAGAAAAAGAAAAUGGAAGCAGUAGAAAAGCUGCCAAGACCCAAGAACGUAUCCGAAGUCCGAGCGUUCAUUGGUUUAAUAAAUUAUUACGGACGAUUUAUAGAAAAUAUGAGUGACAUGUUGAAACCAUUAAAUGACUUGUUGAAAAAGAAUUCGCAUUUUAAAUGGACUUCAGCUUGUGAAAGGGCGUUUAAUAGCACAAAACAAGCUUUCUGUAAUGAUAAAAUUCUAGUGUCGUUCAAUCCAAAUCUGCCAAUCGUUUUAGCUACGGAUGCUAGUCCAUAUGGAGUCGGAGCCGUAUUAUCGCAUGUUUAUCUAAACGGAACAGAGAGAAAGCUUACCGGCGUACAGUGCAAUGCGGAUGCAGCACUACGCGGUUUUCCUCCAGGUUUUGAUUUUGAUAUAAAAUUUAGAAAAACUGAAAAUCAUGGCAACGCUGACGGAUUUUCGCGACUACCAAUAAAAGAAAAUAAUAGGGCAAAGUAUGAUGUGCUAGACGUGUAUACUGUUGAUACAUUAAAUAUGCAACCUGUUAAAGCAAGUGAAAUUCAAACAGAAACGCGUAAAGAUGAGAAUCUCUUAAAAAUAGUUGAAGCUCUGGAACAAGAAUUGCACUUAGGCCAUAUAGGCAUUGUUAGAAUGAAAGCCCUAGCGAGAAACUAUGUUUGGUGGCAAGGAAUAGAUUUAGAAAUUGAAAAAACUGUUCGUAGUUGUAAGGAAUGUAGUCGCGUUCAAAAUAAUCCGAAGCCUGCGCCAUUGCAUCAUUGGGAGCCUACUGAGGAAGCGUUCCAAAGAAUCCAUAUGGAUUUUGCAGGACUAUUUGCAGGUUAUAAUUUUCUAGUUUGCGUAGAUGCGCAUACUAAAUGGCCUGAAGUUUAUAUUGACAGCUCCUUAUUACCCGGCUACCAAUGGUGCAGCGGAAAGAUUCGUACAAACAUUGAAACAAUGGUUGCGUAA